AUGGUGGAUGAAGUCACCAACAUGAAGGAUGACGUCAUCAACGCCAACACGCUGGCCUGGCUGGUCUGCUCAGGCGUGUCCAUCCUGGCCAACACCUGGAGCAUCCUGAGCGUCAGUGCGAAGCAGAAGAAGUGGAAGCCGCUGGAGUUCCUCAUCUGCACGUUGGCCGGGACGCACAUCCUCAACAUGGCCAUCCCCAUCACCAUGUACUGCGUGAUCACCCUCCGCCGUCAGCAUUCCAACUACGAGUGGAACGAGGGGCUAUGCAAGGUCUUCGUGUCCACGUUCUACACUCUGACGCUGGUUACGUGCUUCUCCGUCACGUCCCUGUCCUAUCACCGCAUGUGGAUGGUGCGCUGGCCCGUCAACUACAGAUUGAGCAACACCAAGAAGCAAGCGGUGCACACGGUCAUGGGCAUCUGGAUGGUGUCCUUCAUUCUGUCCACUCUGCCGGCGGUGGGCUGGCACGACACCAUGAACCGCUUCUACACGUCGGACUGUCGCUUCAUCGUCACGGAGAUCGGCCUGGGCUUCGGCGUGUGCUUCCUCCUGCUGAUAGGGGGCAGCGUGGCCAUGGGGGUCAUCUGCAUCGGCAUCGCCCUGUUCCAGACCUUCUCCAUCCAGGCCGGACACAAGGCAGACAAGAACAAGUUCAACGUGCCGACCAUCGUGGUAGAGGACGCUCAGGGCAAACGCCGGUCCUCUAUAGACGGGUCAGAACCGCUCAAGACCUCUCUGCAGAUCACAUACUUGAUCAGUGGCAUCGUCUUCAUCUACGACUUCCUCACCGGCUUCCCCAUUCUGGUGGUCAGCUUCACCAGCCUGAAGUUCGACCGCUCGUACAACUGGAUGGUGCUGUGCGUGCUCUGGUGCUCCAUCGUCCAGUCCAUCCUGCUGCCCAUGUUCCUCUGGGCCUGUGACCGUUACCGUGCCGACCUGCGCAUGGUGUGGGACAAGUGCGUGGCCAUCAUGUCCAACGACGACGUGGACGAAGAACACAGCCAAGACGGAGGGAUUCAUGCCGACUUAAUAUAUGACAGACCCUUUGAAUAUAACGCGGCGCCCGAAAUGGUGGCAGUAGACCGCAAUGCCAAGUAUGAGUUCUCAACCUUAGAAAGGGGGGUGUCCCAAGGGUAUCCAGUGAGGGAACAACAGGAAGAUAAAAUGCAGUAUUUGCAGGGUUCAGGCCCGCCUCACCCUUGUUGUCAUUGCACACAGCGCGUCCAUUUGGUGCCGCCUACAAGAAGAUACUCCCACGACGAGACCGACAUGUGGACCAUGGACCGGAUCCCCUCCUACCUGCAGCGCUGGGGCUCUACCGAGGACAUGAUAGUGAGUGCGCACUACAGCUGCACCUUGCCACACCGGCACGAGAGGCGCAGGAACAGCCUGGCGACCUACCACGAGGAGAGCCAGCACCCGCACCGCAAACGCCGGCGCUCUGAGGACGCGUCGCUCCGGCACCUGCCCCGCGUCCUGUACAGCGGCGAGUACUACGGGGACGAGCUGCGCUGCUUUAGCCGCGACGAGGUCAUCAACUUCAUCGACGAGACGCCCAUUCCGAGCCCGAGGAAGAGCCCCCGCCGAGCCUCCGCCGUUCUCUACAUCCCCAACGUGUACGACCACCACGCCGUCCUGCCGCACUUCCCCCUCACGGACUUCGAGCGCGAGCCGCAAGCGCUGAGGCGGGACCACCACAAACGGACCGGCAGCCGCGGUAGCUCCCCGGAGUGCUCCCCAAAACCCGCGGCGAGGAGAAGUGUGAAAGGGGAGGAGCAGGAGGCGAGAGGAGAGAGAACGUCACCUGGCAGAGCGCGCCACUCCUCUCCCGGUGGCAGCGGCGGCGGCAGACGACCCAGGACUGGCAGCAACGCACGGGCUGGAUGCGCAGCGGCGGCGAUAGCGGCGAACUCGGAGCACAAGAACUUAAAGAAAGCGGAGAGUAAAGGCAGCUCGAACAGUUUUGUAAGCACGCCGUCCGCCUCGUCUUCAGGGUACAUCACGUUUCAGUCGGACUCCGCUUCCUAG